UUACAUCGCAGAAAAGUAUAUAGCAUUCAAGAACUACCCACAAAAAAAAAAAAAAAGAAAAAAAAAAAGAAAAAAAAAAAAGAAGUAUAUAGCGUUCAAGUCAUUACCCAGAAAAAGUAUAUAGCAUUCAAGAGUCUUUGGCGCUCUUCAUUGCUCUCUCAACAUGAAGCAAAGCAAUGCGCAACCUCAACAUAUCCAUUAUCGCAUUGCUUGAAUCCCACCACAAAAAUCGCCGCAAUUUCCUUCAGAUUCUCAGUUCUGCCAUUGUUUCCGGCCACUUCUCCGCCGACCCUUUUGUGUCCAGCAAACUCCUCCUUCACUCUCUAUCCGACGCCGAUGAUGAUGAUGAUGAAGCUGCUCUCGCAUUCUCUAAGGCCCUUUUCUUUCACAUACAGAACCCAAAUAUCUUCGCCUGGAAUUUCAUGUUCAAGGCCUAUUCUCGGAGCUCUUCACCUCAAGAAUCGCUCUCUCUUUACAAUCUCAUGCGACGCCGCGAUUCUCCUUUGUUUCCCGACAACUAUUCUUUCCCUUUCCUACUCAAAGCUUGUGGGCGUUGCUUGUUUCCUCAAAAGGGUCAAGAGCUUCAUUGCUUGAGCUUCAAACUUGGAUUUGAGCUCGAUGUCUUCGUUCAGAAUGGGCUCGUUUCCAUGUACUCUCUGUGUGGUCUCAUGGAGGAAGCUCGGAGAGUUUUCAAUUUGCUUCCGGUUUUUGUUCGCGACGUGGUGUCUUGGAAUAGCGUCCUUUCUGGGUAUUUACAGUGCGAGCGCAAUGAGGAGGCCUUGAAGGUGUUUGUGGAAAUGAUGGAAGAUGGUUCGGUGCGGCCUGAUCAGGUGACUUUUGUGGGUGUUCUGACUGCUUGUGCUAGGAUUGGAUUUCUUGAUUUAGGGAGGAAAAUCCAUGGAUUAGUUUUAGGAAGCGGACUGCUAUUGGAUGUCUUCUUGGGUUCAUCUUUGAUCGAUAUGUAUGCUAAGUGCGGGAAGAUGGAGGAUGCAAGAAAAGUGUUCGACGGUAUUUCUGAGAGAAAUGUGGUCUGUUGGACUUCCAUGAUAGUGGGUUAUGCUCAGUCAGAUUCAUUCAAGGAGGCGGUUGAAUUGUUCAGAGAGAUGCAAUUACGUGGGGUUGAAGCAGAUGCGGCAACAGUUGCUAGUGUUAUAUCGGCAUGUGGGAAUUUGGGGGCAUUGAGCCAUGGUAGGUGGGUGCAUAGCUAUUCUGAAAGGUGGGGGGCUUUGAUGACCCUCUCAGUGAAGAAUUCCUUGAUUGAUAUGUACUCAAAAUGUGGAGAUAUGGAAAGGGCACUUCAGAUUUUCUCUGAAUUGACUAACAGAGAUGUUAUUUCUUGGACUGCUAUGAUUACUGGUCUAGCCAUGAAUGGGGAGUCCAGCAGGGCUUUGCACUUGUUUUCACAAAUGGCAAAGUCGAGGGAUGCCAUGCCAAAUGAGGUCACUUUUCUGGGAGUAUUGUUGGCUUGUACCCAUGGUGGAUUUGUAGAACUGGGUUUUGUCUAUUUCAAUGCCAUGUCUCAAAGUUAUAAGCUCACUCCUCGCAUAGAACACUAUGGUUGUAUGGUUGAUCUUCUUGGCCGUGCCAAUCUUUUAACUGAGGCUGAAAAGUUUAUCAGGGAAAUGCCAAUUCAACCUGACACGGUUAUAUGGCGAUCCCUGCUCUUUGCAUGUAAGACGCACCAAAAUAUGGAAUUGGCAGAGUUUGCUGCGAAGAAAAUUGAGGAAUUGGAACCGAGGAGAUCGGGGAUGCAUAUUUUGUUGUCAAAUAUCUAUGCUUCAGCAUCAAGGUGGAAAGAUGUGAAUAAGUUGAGAAGAGAUAUGGCUCUCCAGGGAACGCAGAAGCAACCUGGUUGCUCUUUUAUAGAAUUAGAGGGUCUUGUUCAUGAAUUCUUUGCUGCGGAUUGUUCACAUUGCCAGAUUGAUUCCAUAUAUAAGACAGUUGAUGGAAUUAAUAAAGUUAUACGAUUUGAAACAUUAGACUUUGAUAUCUUAAAUUGUCAGCAAUAGUGAGAAGAACUUCAAAAUUGAGUUCUUUUGGAUCUUUACAAUUACUAGAUGAUUGUUUUGGAACUAAUUUUGUUAUCAAUUAGAUCUUACUUGAAAUUGAAGGAUGAAAUAAUUGUUAGUGGAAAGUUGACUACAGAAAAUCCCCAUGGAAUGCAAGUGUCACAGGUAGAAAAUGGAAUUACGAUAACCCCAGUGGAAACUGUGGUCCAGGUCUCAUGCUCAUAUGAGACGAGAACAAUGUUUUGGAAGUCCAGACAGCCAUGGACUCACCGCAUAUGUGUGUCUUGAAUUGUUGAAGAGGCUGUGAUCUAAAGCACUGGAGUUGAAGGGUAUUAACAAAGUUUGGCUAUGGACUUGGACUGCAGAAAUUUAUCAUAUUGAGUGCUUAAGUGAGAUUGGAUUGGCCAGCAGUUUGGGAUGAUUGAUGAAGAAACCAGAAUAAAGAAUUUGAUAUACUAAAGAUGAAGAUGGAAAGAAGGAAUGUUGAAAAUGCAAGGAGUCCAAUAUAGCAAUAUCACAAGCCAUGUAGGUAAGCUUCAUCCAAAAAAUGACGAUCCUUUGCAAGCCACUGUAAUCUGGCUGUGUAAAGUGCCGACCACAACAAGACCCAAUCUUUUAUUUUGUACAAGAAGAAGAAAGUAUGCAUGUCUCCAAGUACAUAAUCAGUAACGACCCCGUCCCCGUUCCCAGAUAACCAUCUCUUGAAUUCAUCUUCAUCACCUUGAAUUUUUUGAGUUUGACUGAGUGUGGCUUCAAGAGGACAGUUUUGUGUAAGUGGAGAACAACAGAGUGUCUGAUUCCUAAUAAAUGUAAAUGAAUAUCUUAUGGAUUAAACAAUGAUAUUAGGGAAAAUAGAAAGGAAAAAAAUAUACUAUAUAAGAGUAGGGAAGAUAUUAUUAUUAUUAUUAUUUCCUUUUGGGUGAAUGGGAAGAUAUUAUUAAUUGCUCACUA